ACUCUCUCUCUCUCUCUCUCUCUCUCUCUCUCCUCUCUCUCUCUUUCAUAUUUUCUUUGCAAAGGCAAAUUCCUCCCACUACUUCAGUAUAACGCCAAAAGACUAAAGAAACGCCUUCUCUUCUUCCUUCUUCAAUCAAACUCUUCUUUAGUCUCUCUAUCUCUCUCCCUGUAAAAAAUAAAAAAUAAAAAGCCUUUUUUUUCUUUUUUUCUUUUUCAUUUGUGUAUAUGGGUGCGUGAUGUUCAGAGAGAUAUUAUUGGGUUAGAGAAAAAAGAUAGAGAGAGCGAGAAGAGAGAUUAGAAAUGGGUUCGUGUGCUUCGGUUCAUAGAGACACGGAAUCAGCCAUGAAGGUGAGAUUGUCGUUUGGGUCCAAAACCGACAAGCUCGUAAUUCCAGCAUCACCUGUUAAGGAAAAACCAGCCAAUGAGGAUCGUCGGAUUAAGGAUGUUGUUCUUAAAUCUCAAUGGUCUCCGGCUCGGUCUCCCACCACUUUUACUGACCACGGUAGUAAAGAAGAAGCCUUUUUUGAUUCACAGCCAUGGUUGGAAUCGGAUUGUGAAGACUUUUAUAGUGUGAAUGGUGAUUUUACUCCAUCUCGUGGCAGUACCCCUGUCCAUCAAAGCAUCCCUACGCCAGGGUCUUCUCAAGUAAACAAAAACCUUAUUCUGGACAGAAUUCCUGGUUCUCUACCUCGACCGUCCCCAACACAAAAGAAAAAGAAACUAGCUGAUCUUUUCCGAGAGAGCUUUGGAAAUGACCAAGAAUUCAACAACCGAAUCUCUAGCAGCAAGGUUUUGGCCAAUGGAAAGAAUGAAGUUAAGCAAACACGUCUUGAUCUCCCUCCAAGAUCUGUGCAGGGUACGCCUUAUGUCUCAGGAACUAAUUCUGUAUGUAGUAGUGAGAGGACAGCUAACGAAGAUGUUUUAACCGAGAAGGAGAAAUCGCUUAGGUCUUUGCAGUGCUGCCUUCCUAGCUUGGUUUCAUGCCGCAGUUUUAGCGACAGGAAGAAGAAAAUGAGCCCUCAUCCUCCUAUUGCUGUAAAUGAUAAAGCUUGAUUCUGAUAUCUCUAGUAAAAUGUAGAUUGAAGAAAAUACUAUGGAGGCAGAAACACUCAAAACUACUCGUGUAUCAGAUUAUGUAAAGUCCAAGAUCUCUCUGCUAAGGAAUAUUUGUCCGAAAAUUUUGCUGUAUGUAAAAAAGAGACCAACUUGUUUUUAUGUGAAAUUAUUAUCAGUCAAUCUAAAGGUGAAGUUACAACUA